AUGCUUAUUGCUGUUUCUGUAAAAGUUCAAAGCACUAAUCAACAAUGUUGGUAUCAAGCUUUGGUGACAAAUAUUCCAGAUCAAAAAUUAUUUCCAAGAUGGCUUGAAUCCAUAGCAUAUUCAGAGCA